AUGUCGGUCCCAGUUCCUCGCUGCUUUGCACCCCCUCGUACCCUCGGGGGUGACACUGACCUCCGCAUCAUCAAGCUCGAGGACAAACACCUCACACAGGAAGACACCUCGCUCAAUGCUCAGAUCUGCGGACUUUGGAUUCUCGAGGAGGGCGGCAUUGACGAGGCGAAUGUGACCCUCAGGCACUACCACGACUGGAUCGCUGGCUGCGACGUUGGCAACGUGGUCCACGCGCACCUCAAGCGCAAGAUCGCCGACAAAGCGGCAGGGCGCAUCGAGCCCGUCGACGUUGUUGUCAAGCGCAUCAAGGCAACGAAGGAGGAGGCGAACGCCGACGCGCAAAUCUGGAACAACUUCUUCCUGGCCUCGUUCAAGAUGCUUCCCAGCGGUAGGGAUAUGACUCAGGACACCCUCCUGUGCGGUGCGGCUAUCGACGCCGUUCUCCAAGGCCGCUACGCUCCUGCCCGUCUCCUGUACAAGGCGCGCCACAACUACAUCAAGUUCAUUGAGACCCAAGGCCGUGCCGAGAUUCAGGCAGAGUUGCCUUACCUCAAGGUCCUGCUCGACGAAAUGAAGGACAAGACGUCUGACGAGUGGGCUCACCGCGACUGCACCUCCGAACACGUCUGUUUCACCGACACUGGCCGCGCCCUCGUCCGCAGGCUGGAGAGCCCCGAGGAGAAGGCCAAGCGUCUCCCCGGGAAUGGACCCAAGCCCACCGCGAAAGGCUACACUUGGGGCAAGGUCGGCAAGUACGUCUGGGGCAAUGCGCAACCUGGUCAGAGCUAUGGCAUCUGA